AUGUCCGAGCUGGCCUUUACCAAAUCCUUCCUGUCCACGCUGGACUCUCGGCCCAUCAAGCUGCGCGCUGACCAUGUCUUCGACCCAGAGCAAGUGGGACUGCGAGUGCCCGUGAGUGCCUCUUCCUGGUCUCGAGUCUAUCAACUAACUAUCCCGCAGUACACACUUCCCCGUCUCCAAGCCCCGCACCCAGAAAUGCCCAAGAAAGUGAAAUCAACGCAAGCCCCCGGCUCGUCGAAAUCAAUCACGGUGAAUGUCAAGUCUGCCCGCAAUCCUGCAUUGGAGUUUGCGAUUCCAAACGCUCCGCUUGCAACCACCUCUCUACAGGAUAUCCGGGAUGCGGUGGGCCAGCGCGUUAUCGAUGCACAAGGUAACCCGGUGCCGCUGGACAAGAUCAAGAUUCUGUACCGCCGCAAGCCGGUGCCGGGGACAGGGAAGACAAUUGCAGAGAUUCUGGCUGAUGAGCCUGAUAUGCUAGCCGGGGGCAAGGCGGUCGAGUUUGGCGUGAUGAUCAUCGGGGGCGCUCAGGUGGCUGCCACGCAACCUGAGGCUGCAGAUGCAGAUUCAGGCGACAAGCCACCACCCAAGGCUGCGGUGGGACCGAGUGGUGCGGAGGUACUGCAGUCGGAGGCAUUCUGGGAUGAUCUACAAGGCUUCCUUGGGCAGCGUCUCAAGGAUGAUAAGGAAGCAAAGCGGUUGCGGGCGAUGUUUCACAAUGCUUGGAGUACCAAUCAGUGA